AUGGUUUGUAAAUUGUGUGGCCCUAAAUUGUCGCUAUGUGGCUUGGUUUUAAGUGUUUGGGGUGUAAUACAACUCACUCUAAUGGGCGUAUUCUAUCAUAUCAGAGCAGUCGCUCUUCUAGAAGAUCUUCCACUUGAGGAAGGACAUCACGACAUUGAUCACUUCAUAGCUAAUGUUGAAUAUGGAUAUACUACGAAUGCUCAAAACUGCUGGAUUGCUGCUUUACUGUACUUAGUCACACUUGUUGUUUCUGGCCACCAAUUCUGGAUGAAUAACCGCUCUUCAGUGAGCAUGUAA